AUGCAUGAUUUGCCAGAUUAUGCAGAACAGUUUCUUAAUAUGAUUUGCAAGAUUUUAGAAGAAUAUCGAGACACUUGUCACUCAGCUUACAGGGGAAUUGUUCAAUAUGACUCUGAUGAGAAGAGAAUCAUCAGUGCAAUGUGGGCAAAAGAUGAAGACAUCAGCCGUUUCCUCAGGUCUCUCCCAAGUUGGCGCAGCCUGCUGCCUACAGGAGGCCAGGAGUUGAAUCUUACAGUAUGUUCUGAAGAGGAAAUGCGUGCACUGAAUUUGAAAGAAGCCAUGAUUCUUAUCAGCAACCUAUCCACUGCAGACUCCCUCAUUCCACAACAAGAGAUUAUUACCGAUGUCACUCAGAUGAGGACUGUUGCCAAUGUACAUGAGAGUUUGGAAUGGUUUGCGUACAGUUUGGUAUCAAGAACACCUUCUGCACAAAAGAGCAAAGGAGUGGAUAUUCCACCUGUUUCUGAGAAAACACUUGAUUCUUUGAAUUCCCUUGUCACAGACUUCCAAGAUUUGGCAGAAAUAUGUUUGUUAUUACUCCACCUUGAAGUCCGCGUACAUUGCUUCUACUACCUGCUACCUGUAGCCAAACAGUCCAAUUAUGCAGGCCCAAUUGAUGACCUUGACCCUGACUCCAAUGUUCUGAAGCUCAACAAAGAUUUAUCCAAUAUGGAAGAAGUCUUGUCCCUUAGUUUGCAGCCAAAGAAAUUCAAGUACAUCUUUGAGAGUCUUGGUUAUUUGGUAGCCUCGAUUCUAAUCAACAGUAUCCAGUUUCUAAAAAAGAUGAAUGAAAAUGGAAUCAAAAAGAUGUGUCGUAACAUUUUUGCCAUCCAACAAAACCUGACCAAUAUUACAAUGUCCAGGGAAUCAGACCUUGACCAUGCACGACAAUAUUAUGAACUCUUGUACAUGAGUUCAGAUGCAAUCAUUGACGGCAUUGCAGAGAAAGGAGCCCAGUUCACGGAACAGGAAUAUGUUCAGUUGUUCCAGUUACAGCACCGUAGCCAACCUGGAUCCGCCUAUCAUCAAUUUAUCUUAGGAGCAGCUUGA